AUGACUAGAGAACCAUUGAAUUUAAAUGAUGAUGAUAUUGAAACACCAAAAGUUGAACCAUCUACUUUAACUGUACUUGAGGAUCCUUUAACACUUGAUGGUGUUAAAAAUAUUAAACAUGAUGAAAAAGAAGAUGCUAAAAAUACAUCAAUCAUCGAUUUUAAGAAGGAGGAGAUUGCCUUAUCAAUUGAUACUUCACCAACUGUCAAACCAAGUGAUAUUGUUAUAGAAACACCUAUAAAAGUUAGUUCACCAAGAGAAUCACCAGUAAUGACCCCUGAAAUGGUAGGAAAUAUUAAAAUCUCCAUUACUGAUUAUGAAAAACGUGGAGAUGGUAUUGGUGCAUAUCUUGUUUAUCGUAUCAUAACAAAAGUUGAUGGAAUCAAAUGUUAUAAUCAUAAAGAGUACGAAGUAUACCGUCGUUUUAGUGAUUUUUUAGGAUUAAGAGAAAAGCUUCAUAUUAAAUAUCAAGUAUAUGGUAUUAUUAUACCCCAAGCACCAGAAAAAUCAAUAGCUGCAAUGGCAAAAACUAAGGUAAAUCCUAGUGGGGGUGCUAGUGAUGAACAUGUUCAAAUUGAUAUUGCAGAAAAAAGAAUGCGUGGUUUACAGAGAUUUUUGCAAAGGGUUGUUAAACACCCUAGAUUAGUAAUUGAUUGUGAUGUUAGAGAUUUUCUAACUAUGUCUGGUGAUUUAAUAAAAGCAAAUUUCACAUCAGCUAUUAGUGGUAAUAGUGUUAAAAAAGUUUUCAAAACAAUUACUGAAACAUUUAGUAAAUUGACAUUACCUAUGGAUGAAAAUGAUCGUUGGUUUGAAACAGCUCAAACACAUUUAGAUGAAAAUGAAGAUGUUUUCUUCCGUCUUCAAGCCAUUUUAGAGCAUUUAGUAAAUAGUAGAAAAAGUAUGGCCCAUAGUCAAGAAUCUUUAUCAAGGCAACUAGCCCUUCUUAGUUCAUGUGAAGAGAAUACCUCACUUUCUCGAGCUUUAUCCAAAUUAGCUGAAACUAAAGAAUGUCUAAGUCAAAUAGAAACUCAACAAGUUGUAAAAGACAGUGCAAUUUUAUUAGAAUUAAUUCAAGAACAUUUAAGUUUGAUUAGUGUUACAAAAGAAACAUUUUAUGAAAGAGUUAAAACUUGGCAAAAUCUUCAGGCAGCUCAGGCAUCUUUAGUUAGAAAGAGAGAAUUAAAAACAAAAUUAGAAUUACAAGGAAAAGCUGAUAAAGCAGCAGCAAUGAGAGAUGAAUUAAAGGAAGCAGAAAAUAAAGUUGAUGAUUUUGAAAGAGAUUUUAAAGAUAUUUCAAAGUACAUUCGUAUGGAAUAUAACAGAUUUGUCAACCAAAGAAUGGUUGAUAUUAAAGAAGCAAUUAUUGAGUAUUUAGAAUCAUUGGUUUUAACUCAAGAAAGGACAUUGAAUGUUUGGGAAAAAAUGGUUUCUGAAACUGCUAGCAUUAUACCAUGA